GGCUGAGGGUCACCAGCUUUCCCUUGCUGCUCUGCGUUCAACCUGUGCGCGGAGAAGUGUUGUUCCCUUCUGUCUCCUGUCCUGAAGUUUAGCAGUAGAAAUAUAAAAUGGCGGUUCAGCGCCGAGGACACGUUAAAACCGCAGACACAAGUAGCAUUGAGAAAAAAAUUAAAAGGGGGAUCGUACAAAGGCAGUCAGCACCACACAGACGAUACUCCGUUCCUCUCCUGCUGGUGCUUAUUGGCACAUUUAUUGGCAUACUGGUCUGGCUCUAUACAAAGUGGUCUAAUGACAACACAGACGCUCUGGUCUCCAAAGGGGAAAUACUCACACAGCCCAGAGUGUUCACAGUCCACUGCUCAGAAGAUUAUCAAAAAUACAAGCACUUCCCAGAUGUUUUUUCCUCAGGCUGCACCCCUACGAAAUGUGGCCGAGCGGUUACAGACAGUGUUGUAACCACAGCCGAAGCACAGAUACUGAAGAGGAUAGCAGAAAGGGCCUUGGAGCUCGGUGGCUCAGAUGGAGGUGCAUCCAUUCUGGAUCUGCACUCUGGGGCUUUGUCAAUGGGGAAAAAGUUUGUCAAUAUCUACAGGUAUUUUAGUAAUCAAAUAAGACACAUCUUCACUGAAGAGGAUUUUGAACUCUACAGGGAAGUUCGUGGUAGGAUACAGAAAGCGAUUGCCGAAACAUUUGGACUGGAACCCAGUAAGCUGUACCUCACCAAGCCCACCUUCUUCUCCCGCAUCAACAGCACCAGUGCUAAGACCACUCAUGAUGAGUACUGGCACCCACAUAUUGACAAGGUGACAUAUGGGUCCUUUGACUACACCUCAUUACUCUACCUGACAGAUUACGAUGUGGAUUUUGGAGGUGGACGAUUCAUCUUUAUGGACCCAAACAGCAACCGAACGGUGGAGCCCCGCACAGGCCGAGUGUCUUUCUUUUCCUCAGGCUCAGAGAAUCUUCACCGCGUAGAGAAGGUGGCUUGGGGCACACGUUAUGCCAUCACUGUGUCCUUCACGUGUGAUCCUGAUUAUGCUAUCGCUGAUCCCAGCUUUCCAUAGGGUCCUUCUGCGAUAAUGGCUGGAGCCCUGGGAUGAACACACAAUACGAUGUUAUUUCAGCAUUCAACUUAAAAUUGAAGAAGAGGUUUCACAUUCCUAAUUUUUGUUUUGUUUGGCAAUAAGUAAACAGAUAUCAAGGACUUUGUUGACUUGAACGACAAUAACUGCGUGAGUUAUAAUUGCUGGUUAUUGUAUCGUAAAAAGAACAUUUCACACUUUUAAAUUCUUAUUUCCCGUAGACUGUCAUUCAACUCCUGCGUUUCUCCUUUUCAAUAUCUCCGCUUGCCUUUUCCUUGUAAGUGGUGUCUUCCUGGCUCUAUCCCUUUUUUUUAUCACAGUUGGAUCAGUUAUCACAGAUUGGACAAACAGCACAAGUGGAAAUUCUCCACAGUGGGUAUGAAUGAAAUUGCUCAUAAAGAAAUUGAUGAAAAAUCACCCAUGGCCUACUGAGGGAGCUUUUAGAAAUGUUUUGCAGGGGGUUUAGCUUUCAAUACCUUUUCUAAACUGCAUGGUGUCUGUAAGAGUGAAAAUGUCAAUGAGCAACAAUGUGUUUUUUUUUUACCUUAAAUGCUGAGAAAAAUUGUCUUCUAAACAAGUGUAUUUCAAUAACACCAUUUCUCUGUCAAUCAUAUUCCCUGUCAGAGAGGCAGCAUAAGGUCUAAACAAGCUACUGUAACGGAAUAGUUUAUUAAUGCAAAAUAUUCCGACCAGACCUUUUACUGUCAUGACACGCACAGAAAUGCACCAAUUUGCCCGUUCCCUGGAAAGUACAUCUUGAUCUUGAAUUAAUUCUGCCAAUUCAAAUCACGACUCAAUGAUCUUUGCAAUAAAUGUCAUUUAUUGAUCUCA